AUGCCAUACAACUACACAACACACUUCCCCACGCGGACUACGCCGCAAGCGACAGGCUCCGCUCUUGCGGAGAAGAAACAAGUUCUCGGAAUCAGCAAAUUCGUCAAAGCCUUCAGCAGCGAUGAGAUCCAGCCUUCCCCAUCUUGGACGCAUCAGAACGACCUUGCCGCCACCGCUGCUUCGACUGGAGCACAACAGCCAAGCUCAGAGACUGCCACACAGUCCAGCGAGAACGUGGAGUCGAAAAAUGGAGAUACAGAGGAAGAUGCACCUUCUUCAAAACAGGGGAGAAGCCAUCAGAACGUGAAGGGCAAGUGUCAUCGAAUCGCGAAACGGGUCGUGCGUUGGUGCAUCCUACCACGCGCGCGGAGUACAGAGAAGGACCAGGCAGCGUCUGGGGAGGACACGAAGCUUUUGGUAGGGAGCUCGACGAGGCUGGCGAUGGAGGCUUGGGAAAGGGAAAGGGAGAAGCAGAGAGAGUGGGUCUAA